AUGGCGCUCCGCUCCUGGUCUCCGGAGCUGGGGUUCAGCGACAAGCAGAAGCAGGUCGCGGUCUCCACCGGCCCCUCCCUGGAUUUAAGCACCUACCCCUCCACGCUGGGCUCCACACUCGCGACCGCAGUGCUGGAGGAGCUCCUUAUUGUGGAAAAAUCACUGAAAAGUGGCUAUUUUAAAUGCAAUGAAGAAGCUAAGAUCUUUCUCAAGGACAUCAGUAUAGCUGUCAAGAGAUUGGAAGAAUUGAGAAAAGGUACAAUUGAACUUCUGGAAAUCGAAAGCAUGGAACUCAGUAGACUAUAUUUUCUAUUGGAAACUCUUCCUGAUAACAUUAACACAGAAAUGGAAGAAUUUGUCAUCGCUGCUCGCAAAUUAAACAUUCUUGAGAUGAAACAAUUACGGCUAAAAAUUGCAAACUUAAAUCAUGAAAUAGAGUUUCUGGAGACGAAAAUGGCUGAUUUGAAAGAACUUAAUAAAGAUCUGGGUGAACAGCAAGAGAAUCUGGGAAAGCAGCAUGAAAAGCUUGUUGUCUUACUCAACCACGCGAUGGAAAGAAAGGCCAUGACCAUUAUUUAUAUCAACGAGACUUAUACAAAAAUAAACGUGGAAAAAGAAGAAAUAGGACAGAUAAAGAAGCAUAUUCAAGCUAUAGAGGAGAUAAUAGACAAAGAAAGAGAAGAAUAUUUGAAGGAGAAAAGGAAGUUGAGUAUCCAGAUGGAUGAAUAUGGAAAAUACUAUGAAUCUAAGAAACAGGAUGCUUUUCAUAGGAAGAAAGAAUUGGAUAAAUUAAGAGUUAAAGAGAUGGAAAUCAAAGAAAAGGUUACUGCCACCACAGUGGUACUUAGUGAUCACAAUAUGGAGAUAGCAGAACUAAACGAAUCAAUAAGGAAUUGGGAAAACCAGGUUGAAGAAAUGAAGAAAAUCUGUAAUAGCCUGGAGGAAAACAUAUAUCUUUUAAAGAACAACAAGAUCAAACUGGGAGAGAAAACUGAUUUUGAAAAAAAUGAUUAUUUGCAGAAGAUAAAGGAGUUGCCUGAAAAAAUAUGCAAAACUCAGAUAGCAAACAAAGAGCUACAAGAGAAAUUGGAGACUCUUUCCAGACAAUUGAAGAUUGUCUUUAGUGAGGAAGAUAAAGUUCUUUCUCAAAAAAGGAAAAUACAAGACCAAAGUACCAAACAAAUGAAAUUUAUUUCUGAUAAAGAAAACUUCCUGUCACAAAGAAAAGUAGACAUCAGAAAUAUGGAAGAAGGACUUGUCUCACUUUUGGAACUUUAUCGAGCAACACAGGAAGUCUAUCGGAAACACAUAAAAAUCCUGAAUGAAAACCUGGAAAGAGAAAUUCAGAGAUGUGUUAUAACUCAGUGGAAAAUAGCUUGUUUGUCGAAAAGACAUGGACGUUGGCUAGACAAGAUAAAAGAUGAAUUACAAGAGGUUAUGGAUGAAAUCAGGACCGCAGAAGAUCGACGCAAUGAGUUGAUAGAAGAGACCAGUGUUAGAGAAAAAGAGAUCACUGAAAAUUUGUCAAAGAUUGAAAAAAUUACAACAGAUUUAAAAAAAACAGAGUCGGAAUUUAUCGUCAAGGAAAAAAAGUUAAUUCAACAAUUGAGCGAGUACGAGCAAAAAAUUGCUAAGGAAAUGGAAAGUACCAAAAUAAAGGAAGAUGAACUAGUCACAUAUCUUCCCAAACUUCACGAUACGGAAGACGAAUAUAUGAGCAAAAACAAACGGUUUCAAGAGCUGAGUCGUAUUCUGUUGGAACAAAAACAUGAACAGAAUUUACUGAACGAUCAGAUUUCAGUAAUGACAAGAGAGUUUACAAGACAAGCGAACAGUCUGAAUAAACUGAAGAAAGAAUUACAACAGUCGCGGGAUCAAGAAAGCAAAAGAUUGAAAACUAAUUUUGAAAUUCUAAAGAACUUAGAAAAUGAAGUAUAUGUACAUGACCUAGAAACAGAAGUUUUGCUCCUGGAAAAUGAAAGGUUGAAACAGUACAUUGCAUACAUAAAGACCAAGAUAGAGCCGUACACACCAAAAGCCAGCAUGUCCAUCUACAGUGACCUGUCCUGGCAGCUGAUAGCUAAUUACGCACAAUAUUUGGACUUGUGGGCAGAAUUUCAGGUCACUAUAAAGGCAUUUGUAUGUGAUAGUCAAGACACUUUGCAAGAAAUAGAAACUCUAAUAGACAGGCUGUGUGCAAGAGAUGAAAAAAUUGCCCAAAUCAGUAUUUGGUUAGAAGGGAGUCUUGAAGGGUUGCGGUACCUGUACACUGUGGAAAUUCCUGAAGAGAAGACCAAACAGAAACGUUUCAAAAAAGUCGCCAAAAAAGUUCGUCACAAGUUGGCUGCAUUUAAUAUCAAAAACAUAGUAACAAAGAAAAAUUAA